AUGUGUGUGUCAAGGUGUCUGCGAUGUGUGGGCGUGUCUCUAGUUCCCAUGGCGAUUGUCUGCAUACUGUGCAACAUCCUGCUCCUGGUUCCUGAGCUGAAGAUCCAGUUCCUGUUGGACGGUCAUGUGACUAGAGAGGCGACCUGGGCCACAGGACUGUGGGGCUCUGGCUUCCUGGUUCUACUUGGAGCUCGAGCGUUUGUCCGGAGCAGCAGAACCCGAGGCUGCUGUGCGUUCAGGAGUCAGAUGUUGUGCCAGCUGCUUUACUCCUGCCUGUGCCUGCUCUCUGCUGCCUCCUGCUCCCUGGUCAGUGCCACUGGUCUGUCUCAGGGUCCCCUCUGCCUCUACAACGACUCCUCUGGUCCCACCUGGGGGGUCCCGCUGCAGCCCCUCCCAGGCCGACACUCGGGAUACCUGUUCAACAGGACUCUGUGGUCUGGGGUCUGCUUGGAGCCCAGCUCGGUGGUCCAGUGGAACUUGGUCCUGUUCAGUGUGAUGGGGACUGUGAGCGGCCUGCAGACGGUCCUCUGUGGGGCCAACAUCCUGAACUCCAUACUGGGCCUGAUUCUGGGCCAGGGCCUCUCCCACAGCAAGACCAGUCCAGGUUCAGCUUGACGUGGGUUCGAUCCUGGGAGCUCCAACUGUGAUACACAGAAUUAAAAUUAAAAGUCUUUCACUGAUGCACUUUAGACAAUCAAUAGCAUGAAGAUCAAUAACUUGAGAUACCUCGACCUUACGCAGGAUUGCAGUACAU